GGCUGUUUGUACGAUGCCUUCCUUUUUUUACGACACUUAAGAUGGCUGCGCCCACGGCUCCAUGAGAGUUUUUGGCAAGCUCAGUGUGGGGAAAGUUAGUGGAGAGCUUGGUGGUUGAAAUGAGGAGUUUCCGGCUAGUGGAUUUAAGACGUGUGCAACAGAUAAGCAGUAACAAGCAAUUAUAUUGACAGCGUCUCCUUGUUCGGCAGAAUAAGGCUCCGUGAGCGAGGAGUGCCGGGUGUGAGGCGUGCCUCGUGGGGUAACAGGCAAGAGCUGAUCCCCGGCGAGUUGAGGUGUGGUGUGCCAGUUAACAUUGUUAGAGCAGGACGGCAGUCGGAAAAGGGCAGUUCUGUAACUGUGAGCCGCAUUUGUCUUUCGUGGAAAAAGAAGUCUGGUGAGAGCCAGGCCUCCCUCGGGGAAAGCAGUUGCCGCUGAGUUUUUGGCUUGUCCUUAGUGUUUAAGGGAGAGACGAAGAUGCCUCUCGUGUACCUGCCACCUUUUGCUAGAUGUUGCUCUCGGGCAUUUGUACGGUUCUGGGUAGGAGGAGAAAAGAAGAGGCAGAGGCGGUUCCUUUUUUCCGGCUCUCCAACAUCUGCUUCCCACUGGAGCAAGGUGGUUUCCGAUGCUGAGAAAAUUGUGGGCUAUCCGACCUCCUUCAUGAGCCUCCGCUGCCUUCUGAGCGACGAACUUAGCAAUAUCGCCAUGCAGGUGCGCAAGUUGGUGGGGACCAAGCACCCGUUGCUCAACACAGCCAGAGGUUUUGUUUAUGAUAGCAGAAACAACCUGCAGAUGCGAGGUCUGGUGGUUUUACUUAUUUCUAAGGCAGCUGGGCCCAGCAGCACAGCAGAUGACUCUCUCCAGAAAGACAUGAUCAGUGGGAUAUAUUCUUGCCAACGAAGUCUGGCAGAGGUUACAGAGUUGAUCCACACGGCUUUCUUGGUACAUCGUGGGAUAGUAAACGUCAGUGAACUGACAUCCUUGGAUGGUCCACUGAAGGAUAUGCAGUUUGGGAAUAAAAUGGCUAUACUGAGUGGUGAUUUUCUUCUAGCAAAUGCUUGUACAGGCUUAGCUCAACUGCAGAAUACAAAGGUUGUAGAGAUUAUGUCAAGUGCCAUUGGUGAAUUAGUACAAGGGAUAUAUUAUGAAAAUUUGAAUUUAGCAAAGGAAAAUGGUCUCACAGAUGACAUUGAAAUAUCAACUUGGGAAGAACAAAUUUCCCUUUCCCAUAGUGCCCUGCUAGCAAAGAGCUGCCAAGCUGCAAUGGAAUUGGCAAAGCAUGAUGCAGAGAUCCAGAAUAUGGCAUUUAAGUAUGGAAAGCACAUGUCUAUGAGUCAUAAGCUAAAUGUCGACAUUCAGCCAUUUGUUAAAGAAAAUUGUAAUAGUACAAUGGCCUUCGGGUUAAAUUCUGCACCUGUAGUCUUGCAUCAGGAGCUCAUUGGAAGAGAAGCCUGGAUAAAUCAGAUUAGAGAGGCGCAGAUUAAAGGAGGCUUAGUAGACUAUACUAAGUUGCAAGAUGCAAUCAAGGCUGGCAAAGGUGUGACUUCAGCUAUUGACCUAUGUCGUUUCCAUGGAAACAAAGCACUGGAGGCUCUGGAGUGCUUCCCUCCCUCUGAGGCCAGAUCUGCUUUAGAAAACAUUGUUUGUGCUGUGACAAGAUUUUCAUGAUGCACAGUUGGG